GCACAUUCAAAAUAUAAACAAAAGGCAAGAUGGAUUGAUACCCUGCGUAUAUUUCCCUCGCAGCCAUGAAAUAUGAGUGUAAAUUAUAUUUAAGCAUUCUACGUAUUGUAGCAAUGUUACAAUAAUGAAGAUGAGGACAAGGCUGGGGGCAGCAUCACCGGCAGGAGGUACCGGCCUCCCUCCUGCCAUAGAGUUCCCCUCUCAGAGGCGGGAACGAGUGGACUGGCAUAAGCUAGCAUCUGUGGAUCUUCAUGACCUUGCCUCAGGAUGCAGCAUUGAAUUCUUACAAGAGAACCUCUCACAUGUUGCCUUCUGUGAUGCAGAAUCUGAAUUUGACCUUGGAACUAUGGCAGGUCAACGAAGCUUGUUGAAAAUGUUCCGUCUGGCCCAGCUGAUCAUCCAGUACCUUUUCCUUUCACAAGAUUACAUGGAGACUCAACUACAGCAGGCGCAGGAAGAGGCAGAGCUGGUUACAGAGAAGCAUCAGCAGGUAAAGUCAAAAUUGCUGGAGCAGGUGGAGGAAGCCAAAAAGAUGAAGAUGACCAAUAAAAGCAUGCGAGAGACUGUCAAGUAUGUUAACUCCUUUGCCUUGGCUAAUGGCAUAUUCCAAUCCCUCAAGUGUCCUCUCUGUACAAAGGCCUUCAGAGGGCAGGAUUUUCUCCAAGCUCACCUCUGGCGCAAACAUCCUCAACAAGCAAAUGCUGUCACUCUUCCGCAAGUGCCGCCAGUAGCUGUUGGGGAGACUUGCCCGGGCCCCACAGCUACGGUGGACAAAAAAUACUAUGGAGUGCCACACAGUGAUGCCACGCCCCUCCAGAGUAUGCCAACUCAAACCUCCAAGACAAAUGAUGUUGAUUCUUAUAAAAUCAUUGAGAUGGAAAAAAAGUUUAAUGCACUGAAUGAUAAUUUUUCAAAGUUCAUGCAAAAUAUGGAAGAGCAGAAGAGAACACUUGAGAAGGAGAAUGAAAGACGACAGGAGGAAGUGAAGAAGGCAUGGGAGGACAAGAGCAACAUGGAGCAAGAAUACAAAGCUGAGCUGGAGAAGCUUAACCAGCAAAUAAACCACCUCCAGAGACCCAGACAGGAACAAUCAAACAGUAUAGAUGUGGACAGGUUUGUUGCCUUAAUAAAACAGCAAGAAAGUGAGAUCAAGACCCUCCAGUUGCAGAUUGAAAAUCAGCUAAAGACCAAGGUAGAGGAGUUAGGGGAUACUCCUCAGAGUGAACCUGCCAUUGCAGGUUUGUCAGAGGAGCUGAACGCCCUGAGGAAGCAGCUAAGUGAACAGAGGAAGAGCCACAAACGUUCCUUGAAUGAGAUGAAGGAAUCGAUGCGGAGUGAGUACGAGAAAGCUCUGGAAGAGGAGAAAAACAAACUGAAGGUAAUGAUGCAAGACUUGACCAAGCAAGAGACUCCAGUGAAGGCCAUUUCUCAGAAGCCCCCUCCGUCCCCCAAGACUCCAAGCAUCAGGAGGUCCAAGCCAUCCACACCACCCACACCCAAUAGGUCCACUAAGCCUUCUGUGACCUCUUUAGACUCACCUGACUCACCUGCCAUGAGAUCCCCAGCUUUGCCUGGUCGCAAUGCUCAGGGAACGUACCGAAUGGAUGCCGAAGACACAGAUGAAGAGACUGAGGACAGUGAGACAGACACUUCACGUUGGACACAGGCUGCAACAAAGAUCACACAGCUUCAGGUUGUCAGUCCAGACCCCAGAGCAAACACUGCACUUGAACCCAGUAUUUUAAGUAAAGCAGGGGAUGGUGGUCCUGAUUCAGAGAACUCCUCUUUUGAAUCUUCAGAAGAUGAGGAUGAUGAGGCUAAUGGAUCAUCAGAAUCACUAAAACUGGAAACACUUUUAAGGGAUAAUCCACAGCUGUGGGAGCAAAUGAAGAGUGCAACCUCAGAAGUCCUUGCCAAGAAGCUGUCUUCACUUGGCCUUGAUGGAUCUGUUCGAGGCAUCAAGACUGAGGUUUUGACUUCUUGCCUCUCCCAGCUGAGGAAGGAUAGGAGGAGGUAUGAGGAGAAGCAUGAAGGAUUCAUGGACCUGAGAAAGAGGCUGGAGAAUGAAGUAAAUGUGAAAGCAGAUGAGAAAAUAGAAAAUGUAGGGGAUAUUUCAGGUGUGCAGCCAAUCACAGAGACUGUCAGGAAGAAAGGCCUUCAGGCAGGCAUGCUCUCUAGGGUUGUCAAGAACGUGAAGUCUAAGGUAAGGGAGCGUUCAAAGUCAAUCACCUCAACCAUGAGCAAGACUAGCUUGUCAGUUAAGUCGGGUGUGAAGGAAAUGUUUCAUGCUCAUGCCAGACCAACAGAAGACAUCAAAGUUGUCACAGAAGAUAGAAAGGUCUCUCUUACAAAGUCAAAACAAGACAAUGACAGUUCAUCAGACACAGAGUCAGAAGAGAGCUCUUCCAGCAGUGCUCAGAUUGAGGUGCACAAUGAGACUUCUAAGUCUGUAACCAGGAAUCUCUUUGGCUCCAGUGAACCUUUAGAGGUGGUGGCAGCAGCUUCUCCAUCAGGGAGUGGUGCCCGACCCAAGCAGAGGAACUACUUUGACAAUAAGACUUAUGGACAAGUGGAGGACAGUAGUGACUCUGAGUGGGACUCAGAACCGGAGUAUGAGAACAUGAAGAAGGAGCCACCUGUGAGAUCAGACAGUCUGGCCAAAAACCCUGGAGAACUCUUGCAGGAUGCCAGCAGUGCAGCUCACAAUACCAGCUGGGAUAGUGUGCAGGACAGCAAGCCUAUCAAACUCAAGAAGCCUCAAGGGGAGAUGGUGAGCAACCUCUCACGCACCAUAGAACUACAGCUCAGUGGAAGACGGAAAACCAGCAUGGCAGGUGCUGUGGAUGUGAUGAGUAGUGGGGAAAGGGACACAAGUGGCACAUACUUACAGGUCCCAGGAUCAACAUCUUCCCCCCAUGUGAGUCGACAACAAAGUGUAAGUGAUUCCUCUAACACAGUGCACAGCAGCAUGUGGGGCUCAAUAGAGGACAUGAAGGAUAAUCAGAAGAAACCUCAGAGUCUUCCUUCAGGAAGAAGCAAGGCAGUCAUUCAUUCCUGGGACUCGGAGGAUGACUUGGACAUCAGUGAGAUUGAAUAAAAUCCAAAGAGAAUGUUUAUAUUUAUUGGAAUUUCUGCAGCUAUCUGAUGGUCCUUCCAUUAACUCUAUUUUUGUUUUUUAAUUAUCUUUUUCUUUUUUUAAUUGAAACUCUUGAAACAUCCCUUUUUUUUGUUUGAACUGCACUGAAUCUCUCACAACCUUUUCUCUAGGCAUCUCACAUUAUUUAUUCAUCCUGUGUCU